CUCAAUGGCAUGAGAGAAUGGCUUCCUCUUUGUGAAAGAGAGAGAGAGAGAGUCACAAGCACAGCAAAACCAUCUCCUUUUUCUUGGUCAAACUGACCCUUCAUUCUCUCUCUAGUGCUCAUCGCUCUCUCUCCAUCUGUCCCCUCCUGCAAAAUUCUCACAUCGAGAUUUAUUGUUGGCAAAUCCCUCUUCCCUGCUUCUCUUUCCCCUUUGCUUCUUUCCCACAUGAAGCAAAACCCAUGUUUUUCUAUCUGAUUUCUGUCCCUUCAGUUUAAAGUUUGGAGCUUUGGGGCCUCCCAGACAUCCCAAUCAUUGUUUUGUUUCUCAUUCUCAGCCUGUGCGGUAGCAGGCCUUCCUCAAGCAGCCAACUUUUGCUUUUGUGUUUUGUGAUCUGGUUUCUGGCUUCUCUUUGUUUAGUGGGAUCAUGUGUUUGUUUGGUUUUUGAGGCAUCUGAUGAUCUGGGUUUUGGUUUUUUUUGGGUUGAGGAGUUGUUUCAUUUGAUAAAGUUUGUGGCUUUGCAUCGUUGGGAAGUUUAUUUUUAGUUCGGUUUCAUUUUUGGGGUUGUCUUGCUGUACUCCUAGAGAUAUUUUGCUGUUUUUAUUUUUAUUUUCAUUUUAGUUUUUUUAAUUUUUGUUGAUCUUCUUCUUUGUGGGUGUUGGGUGUUCGAAUUUGUGCGUGUUUGUGAGGCAUAACCUUUUUCAUUACCGUGUUUUUCUUUGUUUUCUCCGCUGGGUUCUUAUUAGAACCUUAAGAAAGAUCUCAUUUUGUGGAUCUGGGGGGCGUAAAGUUCGGAUUUUUCAGCUCAUAUUCAAGAUCUGGUUUAGCUGAUUCGGAAGAAAAGCUUUGAGUCUCUUCAAUGGCUGGGAUGGAUGACAAUGUCUCUGUGAUUGGGGACUGGACUCCGCUGAAUCCCAGCCCAAGGACUCUGAUGCCUGACUUCUUAAAUGAUGGAUUCAGCCCAAGGCCGUUCCCUGAUAAUUUGGCUGGAAAUGGGAAUGUAGAACCUGCUCGAAAACCCGAGAAUAGAGAUGGUGUUGAUACUGCAUUUCAGUUCUCGAAUGUUAUCUCAUUGGACUCUGGCAUGUUUGAUGCUAGUAAACCAGCUCCGCGCAGCGGCCUUGCGGAGAGAAUGGCAUCGAGGGCUGGCUUUAGUGCUCCAAAGAUCGAUAUGGCUGGCAUUAAAUCAGCGACCAUGGAUUCCUCGACAACAGAAGUUCGCUCACCUUAUCUGACAAUUCCAGCUGGUCUCAGCCCAACAACAUUGUUGGAUUCUCCAGUGUUUCUUUCUAAUAUGGCUCAACCAUCUCCGACAACAGGAAAGUUGCUAUUUGAGCAGUACAAUGGUGUAAACAUGGCUUCAGGAGUUACCGACAAAGUUAAACAACACACACUUGAAGAUACUUCUGAGUCAUUUGCCUUCAAACCUCAUCUCGAUACAAGCUCCUCAUUUUUUUCUACUGCAGAUAACAAAAAUGCUUUGGCCUUUAAUCACCAGCAGGCCCUGCCAAGCAUUGAUAUAUCUGUUCAUACAGAACGCCAAGUCCGAGGAGGAAACGUAGAAGCCGUUGCCAUUGCCUUCCAGAAUCAACAUGAUUUCAAUCUGCAGACCGGCUUUUCUGAUUCUUCUGACAGGAGAAAUCCCGCUGACAAUGCCAUGUUCAACCAAAAAGUAUGUGAUGAACAAUCUCCACCUCUCGAUGACCAACAGGAUGAAGAAGCUGACCCAAAAAGUGAGUUCUCUUCAGUGACUGUCGGAGCACCAGCUGACGAUGGAUACAAUUGGAGAAAAUACGGGCAAAAGCAGGUGAAGGGUAGUGAGUAUCCACGGAGCUAUUACAAAUGCACCCACCAAAAUUGCCCGGUGAAGAAGAAGGUCGAGCGCUCUCAUGAGGGCCACAUUACUGAAAUAAUCUACAAGGGGGCUCAUAGCCACCCCAAGCCUGCUCCAAAUCGUCGAUCUGGCAUUGUUCCUUCUCAGUCCUAUACUGAAAUGCCACAAGAUGGAUCAGAAAAUCCUGGCGCACAAGCCAAUCUUGAUGGCAAGCACAUGUGGAAUAACUCGCAGAGUGGACAUGAAUGGAGAAGUGAUGGUUUAGAUGCAACAUCAUCUGCUUCUAUGCCUGUUGAGAUUGGUGACCCAGCUGCUUCCUUGCAGGCUCAGCAUGGUGCUCGUUUUGAAUCCCAAGAUGUUGCUAUAGAUGUUUCUUCAACCUUAUCUAAUGAUGAAGAGGAUGAUGGGGCAACUCAUGGUAGUGUUUCACUGGGUGGUGAUGGUGAAGGGGAUGAAACCGAAUCAAAAAGAAGGAAGGUAGAUUCUAGUGUGAUAGAAAUGAGUGCUGCUUCAAGAGCGGUUCGUGAACCGAGGGUGGUUGUUCAAACGACUAGUGAAGUCGACAUCCUCGAUGAUGGGUAUCGCUGGCGCAAGUAUGGACAGAAAGUAGUAAAGGGAAACCCAAAUCCAAGGAGCUAUUACAAGUGUACUAAUCCUGGUUGCACGGUGCGCAAGCAUGUGGAGAGAGCAUCACAUGAUCUCAAGUCAGUAAUCACAACUUAUGAGGGCAAGCACAACCACGAUGUCCCCGCUGCAAGAGGCAGUGGGCACUCAAACUCCGGCCCGUCCCCUGCAGUAGGGGUGACAACAUCUCAGCCUCAGGGUCUUCACCGGAGACCUGAACUAAUUCAAGCUCAAGAUAGUCUGAUGAGGUUUAACAGUCCUCAGCUUGCUGCCUUCGGUCCACCGGGAAAUUUUGGUUUCACAAUGGGUCAACAAGGAUUGAAUAAUCUCAGUAUAUCCAGUCUGAGCAUGGUGGCAUCGAUGAAGAUGCCCGUCCUUCCACCGGUGCACCCAUAUAUGGCUUGUCAGCAGCCAACUGAUCCUGGCUUCAUGAUACCGAAAGGGGAACCAAAGGAGGAGCCUAUGUCAGAGUCUACACUGCCUCUGCCGAACGGGUCAUCAUCGGUUUACCACCAAAUUAUAAACAGGCUGCCUUUAGGACCUCAGCUGUAAAUACUAGUUGAAGGUUAGGUAAUUUUGUUUUGUUGUUUUUUCGCUGUUUCUCUGUUCAUGCAUAUUAAUAUUUGUUUACUGCAUUGCAAAUCUUUUCUUUGCAAAGAAGACUUUGACAUAUGAUCAAACAAUAUUUGAUAGAUAAAUGUUGUAAGAAGGGAAAGUCUCUAGGUUCAUUUUGUUACUGACCAGGUUUCGAAGAGAUGUGAAAAGGCGAAAAUGUUUUCAGAAAUAGAAGAGAGUAUGUUCUGAUUGGU